AUGGACGAUAAUGUAUCCUAUCAAUUUGCACCGGUACGACAGCGUAGAGAUGAUAGACAGAAUAUUCGGUAUGAGUUAAUCCUCAGGCAACAACCAAAGCAAUCAAGAAUGUGUGGUAUUGGCGAGAAAGCUGACAGACGUCCUAUAGAUCCACCUCCAAUAAUUCAAUUAAAAGUUUAUGAUGAUAAUCUACCACAAUCCGAAAAGAAUUCAUUUCUCCAGAAUCCUUAUUUCUUUAUGUAUGCAUCCCUUGUGGCUCCUGAUACAAAUGAAGAAUUACAUUUACUUCGCGAUGGCAAAACACGUUCUACAACCGGUUCUGUCGUUUCUUCUCUAUAUCAUCUUAAAGAUGUCGAUAAUUCGGAUGCUGGAUUUUUCGUAUUUCCUGAUUUAUCCGUGCGUAUGGAAGGAACUUAUCGUCUUAAACUAAGUCUAUUCGAAAUAGUUGCACGAUUAGUCAAAAGAAAGGAAUUAGAACAAAUUGAAGACGCUGAUGGCAAUAGAAUGAAACGUGCACGUGGCGAUGGUAAAUACGAUGAUGAUAGCCGCGAAUCAUCAGAAACAGAAAUAACCGAUCGUACGCGAUCUAUAGAAGAUUCACAUUCAAGAAGAAGUCCAGAAUUAUCAGAAAGACGAAGAGAUCACGGAAGAAAAAGCCCACCAUCCUCCCGUCAUCGAGGUCCUUAUGAUCCGUAUAGUCAUUAUGAUCAUAAUGCUAUAUAUGGACAUGGAUAUCCUUUGCAUCGACCUCUUCCACCAUGGCAUGACCGUCCAGAAUAUAUGGGUGAUCCGCAUUACGCACCUUAUUAUGAUCCGUAUGAUAGAAGAUAUGGUUAUCAUCCGUAUUAUUACCCACCUCCAUUGCUAGAUGGUUCGGACCAUCAUCGUUAUCCAUAUCCUCCUCCGCCAGCAUAUGGUAGACCUCCAAUGUAUCCAGGUCAACCGGGAUAUUAUGAUCCACCAUCAAGAAUACCUCAUCCUUCGAGCGAAUCUUCAGGUGCUGUAAGGCCUUACGGAUAUGAUCCAUCAAAUAUAUAUUCUCCACGUCCAUGGCAUCAUUAUGGUGAUCGUACACCGACAAAUCAUAGUACUGAAUCAAUGCCUUCUCCUUAUCGUGGAAGUGGUCCAGUACCAUUACAUGGUCCUCCAAUGUAUCCGUAUCCUGAUUAUUAUCCUGUAUAUCCACCACCACCAAUGGGACCUCUCCACCCCCCUCCAAAACAGGACUAUGGACCAGGUGAUCCUGCUUCGAGUCAACAUGGGCAGAACCCUUCAAAAAUUCCUAUUCAAGAUCUUUUAUCUACUGAGCAACAUCAAUCUCAAUCUAAUGCUGAACGUGGUGUUGCCGGAGUUCCACCACCUCGCAUGUAUGGUGCUCCACCAUCCGCCUUUGCCCAUUUUUAUCCCCAUCCAGGCCGUCCACACGAAUAUCCACCACGACAUGACUUGUAUGGUCAUCCCCGAUAUCAACAUGAAAUGGGGUAUCCGUCUCAUGAGAGUUAUGCCACUAGUUCAAGUUCUGCAAGUGCUAAAGCUGCGCAUCCAUCUACAGUAUCGCAAUCACAAGACUCGGCACGUUCAUCAACAAUUACUUCAACUCAAGCAACAAUGCCACCGUCUACUUAUUCCAGUGGGUCCAUAGUUCCAGUCAUAUCACGUCCAGCAGCGUCCUUACCUUCGUUGGCUCCAAUAAAUGUUCUUGAUCGAUAUGCAAGUAGCUCUUCUAAUGUACAAACACAUACACCAUAUCCUACUUCCUCUACGCAUUCUUCUACAACGGCACAACAAAAAUCUCCGAAGCAAUCCACGUCACAGCAUUCAUCCUAUGAACAAUCUCAGCUUCCUUAUUCCCAGUCAUCUUUAAAUUCAUCGAAUAGGAUGUCAUUUUCUCCCAUUGCAGGAAGUAGUAAUGGUAAGAAUAAGCAUAUUACCGAUUGUUCUAGCAUGAAUGAUGAUAAUGAAGAUUCAAAUUCUUUGUCAUCCCCGGAUACCGAUUUAGAAGAAUCAAGACGACAAGAUGACGAUGCGGAAGAUGACUAG